AUGAAUUGUAAGGGUUUAGAACAUGAUUAAAAGUCUGAAAAAGGCACAAUAACUUACGAUAAUUAUAAGGAUAGACAAUUUAUUAUUUAAACUUGGAAAAAUCAGAUCCUAUAAAAAUCCAAAGUUAGUUCUCCAUAAAGUAACUUAUAAACUCCAAGUAAAGAAACAAAAAAAUAAAUACUUCUUGGUCAUAAGAAAUCAAUGAACCUUACAUCUGAACGUUCUACUCAAAUGUCAACUGAAAAAGACUUAUUUAAUGACAAAUUCAUCGUUGAACAUCAAGAAAGAAUGAAUAUUUUACAAAAGUUAUAGGAUAUUCGACUGUAAAACGUCAUGAUGAAAUCUAAAACUAAAUCUUCAAAUGACCUCUAUAAAGAAUUCUAAUAUGAAUAAUAUAAAAAGGUUGAUACUCAAAAAGUCAUCUUGAAUGAUAAAUUAAAACUAUGCCAAAAAGAAAUUGAUCAACAAAAAUAGAAAAUAUUGAAGGAUGAGAUCAACUUAAAGGAGAGGGAAAAGGAAUUGGAGAUCUUGAAGGAACAAUUAUAAUUCGUUAAAGAUUCGGUAUAAUAAAUAAAAAAUUAAAAUAUAAAACAAACCAGAGAAACAACUUGUAAAUUGUAAAUAAAUCAGAUCAAAGAAAAAUAGUUACUAACUUAGUUUAUCUAAUAUAUUGAAUCUCUAUAAGAUCAAUAUAGCAAUCACCUAUUGUUAUUUAAAGAUUACUUAUUUUAAUUACGACUAAACAUUGAUUCCAUUAGAAUGGAUUAAGAAUUUGAUAAAAAUUAAUGA